UACAAGAUGGCUUGCUACGACCUGUGCUCCACCUCCGCCUGCGGCGUCUACCGUCCCCAGCCCCUGGCUGACAGCUGCAACGAGCCCUGUGUCCGCCAGUGCCCUGACUCCACCACUGUCAUCCAGCCACCUCCCGUCGUCGUCACCUUCCCUGGCCCCAUCCUCAGCUCCUUCCCCCAGGAUUCCAUUGUGGGAUCCUCUGGAGCCCCUGUCCUUGGGGGCUCUGGGGGCUACGGAGGCUAUGGCUCCUCCCUGGGCUAUGGGGGCCUGUGGGGCUAUGGUGGCUAUGGCUCCUCCCUGGGCUAUGGGGGUCUGUGGGGCUAUGGGGGCUCCCUGGGUUACGGGGGUCUGUAUGGCUAUGGUAGACCCUAUGGUUCCAGCUAUUGCAACCCUUACUCCUACUGGUACAACAGGUACAACCGUGGGAGCUGCGGGCCCUGCUAA